GCGGCAUUCUCUCUUCCCAUUGGAUCAUGCUCGCUCUCGAGACCCGAGAUGCUCCGCUCAAACGUCUCGAAACAUGAUGCUGCAUCUCGGAGCCCGAGCGACCUCGGAGCUUCCCCAAUGGCGGAGCGAACCAUACAUACUUUAUAACACAACCGACACAACAAGAGCCUCGUCCUCACUCUUCGUCUUUCCUUGCCCCAUAAUCAUUGUCCAGUGCCGUCUUGAGAAUCUGAUUUUUCAGCUAUAACAAUCUCAAUUCAUCAUGGCCUCCACCGGCAGUUCAGCCACUCGACUUUCGUUACGCUUGCUUUGCAAGUCGCAGAGAGGCGUUGCCUCCCAACCUCGGCUAUGGGCACAAGCUCCCGUCAAGGGCGGACGAAGACAUUUCUCCAGCAGCAGACGGCACAAGAUGAUGGACAUGGGCGUCUUCACGGAAGAGCAGCUCACAGUCCGAGACGCUAUCCAGAAGAUUUGUGCUCGAUUUCCAAACGAGUAUUGGCAGCAACACGACCAAACUGAAACCGACCCCAAGGAACUGCAUGCCGCCUUAGCUGCCGAUGGCUGGCUGGGAAUCGCACUCCCUGAGGAGUUUGGAGGUGCCGGAUUAGGUAUCUCCGAGGCGACAAUAAUGUUACAGACUAUAUCACAGUCAGGUGCCGGGAUGGCGGGUGCCCAGUCUAUUCAUGCCAACGUCUAUGCCACCCAACCUCUGGCCAAAUUCGGCAACAAGGAGCAACUGCAGUCGACCAUUCCAAACAUUAUAAGCGGUAAAUGGAGAGUGUGCUUCGGUGUCACCGAGCCUAACACGGGGCUGGAUACACUGCGGUUGAAAACGACAGCAACCCGCAAAGGUGACAAAUAUGUGAUUACAGGUCAGAAGAUCUGGAUCACUUGUGCACAGGUCGCUUCCAAGAUGAUCCUGCUCGCCCGAACCACACCAGUAGAGGAGGUCAAGAAGCCUAGUGAAGGGCUGUCGCUCUUUUGCAUUGAUAUCGAUAAAUCCAAUCCCGCACUGGAGCUCAAGAAGAUCAAAAAGAUGGGCGGCCGGGCAGUAGAUGCAAAUGAGGUCUUCUUCGACCAUUAUGAAGUUCCCGCGGGCACCCUGAUUGGAGAGGAAGGCCAGGGAUUCAAGAUCAUUCUCCACGGCAUGAACGCCGAGCGGUGUCUCCUGGCGGGAGAAGCACUGGGCCUGGGAUAUGCGGCAGUGGAAAAGGCUGCAAAAUAUGCACGAGAAAGAGUUGUUUUUGGCAGGCCAAUUGGAAAGAACCAGGCGAUCGCGCAUCCCUUGGCUGAUGCAUUUGUGAAUCUCGAAGCGGCCAAGUUGGCUACUUACCACGCUGCACGACUAUACGACCGAAGCAGGACUGACAAGUCUAUCACUCCACAUGCGGUGGGAGUUGCAUGCAACAGUGCCAAGUAUCUGGCGGCUGAGGCGGCCUUCAGAGCGUGUGAAAGGGCGGUCAUGACCCAUGGUGGCAUGGGUUAUGCUAUGGAGUACGAUGUGGAGAGAUAUCUCAGGGAAAUCCUGGUCCCACGGAUCGCCCCCGUCAGCCGUGAGAUGAUAUUGAACUUUGUCAGUGAGAAGGUCUUGGAGCUGCCACGGAGUUAUUAAAUCAUCAGUGUAUAGAGUAUGCACACAGUCUAAUGGGCGAAAUCAACCCGAUUUGAGCGGAACCGGCUUCCGGGUCAACAAGGUCGAUCCAAGCAUGGCCCAUGAUACUUUAAUAGACAGACAGCGUGGUUGACUUUGUACUUGAAUUGAUAUCGAUUGAGAGAACA